AUGGACAAAACAAAUGAAUAUUUGGUUAACUUUAAAGGACAUAAUUUUGUGAAAGAUGUUGUGAACAUUGAGGAUUUAGAAAAAAUGGAAGAAUUUGAAAUUAGAGAUGAUGAUGUCUUCAUCAUCACAUACCCAAAAUCUGGUACCAUCUGGACUCAGCAAAUCCUCAGCUUGAUUUAUUUUGAGGGUCACCGGAACAACACUGAAAACAUAUCAACAGUAGAUAGAGUACCAUUCCUUGAGUACAAUAUUCAUAAUUUAGACUAUGCCAAAAUGUCAUCACCUCGCAUCUUCUCUUCCCACCUUCCAUAUUACUUAGUUCCAAAAGGUCUCAAGGAAAAAAAGACUAAAACUUUUUAUAUUUACAGAAAUCCCAAAGAUGUUUUGAUCUCAUAUUUUCAUUUUUCAAAUUGGGUGGCUAUCUUUGAAGCUACUGAUACCUUGGACCAAUUUCUGGGAAAAUUUCUAGAUGGAAAAGAAACUUUUUCUUCAAUUUUAGGAAACUGUUGGUUUGAUCACAUUAGAGGCUGGUAUGAGCACAGACAUGACUUCAAUAUAAUGUUCCUGAGCUAUGAAGAUUUGAAAAAGGACCUCAGAAGCUCAGUGCUUAAAAUUUGCAACUUUCUGGAGAAAGAACUGAGUGAAGAAGAAUUGGAUGCUGUUGUGAGACAAUCUACCUUUGAGAACAUGAAAUCUGACCCACUAGCAAAUUACAAUUAUAUUAUUAAUAAUAAAAUUGGGGUGAGAAACAAUGACAGCCAUUUUCUACGCAAAGGUACCAUUGGAGACUGGAAAAACCAUUUGACUGUGGAGCAGAAUGAAAGAUUUGACAUGAUAUUCAAGAUGAAGAUGAAAAAUGUUCCCUUGAAGUUUAUCUGGGAUAUAAAUGAACAAUAA